CCGUUGAAGUAAUGUCACUCAAUAGCAAUGCCAACCAAAAGACAAUGAUUGCCAAACAAAUCGUGUCUGUGAUUCGUGACGAUGACUUCGAUCAAUUGGUCACUAUUUUAAGAUCAAAGCCUGACCUCAAUGUCUUCAUCAAUGGCCAAACGGCUCUUCACUAUUGUCUACUAUUAGGUCGGGACGUGUCGUGGUGUCGUCAACUGGUGCUGAACGGUGCGAAUACAAACCUGUCAAACCAUGACGGCUGGCAUCCCCUUCAUUUGGCAGCGGUUUUCGGUCACAACGAAACACUCAGUUAUCUAAUUAAAUGCAAUAAUACUAAAGGAAUGGCUACUGAUGUGAUUUAAAUAUAUAUAUAUAUUCAUUCCCACCACCCGUUCCCCACAUAUUUAUGGAUAUGAAAUAUUU